GACUCAAAAUUCCUGUUCACUCCCCUCUGAUUGGUUGUUGGGCAAGGGUGGGCCCUUUGUAUCCCUUGGGAGCUUGGCGGGUGAUCUUCAGUGUGCAGGUGGAGUUCCAGUUUGAUUCUGAUGCCUGGUCUGCUUUGGAUUGUGUUUGGUUACUCUCUUUUGGUUUCUUUGGGUUGCUGCAAACUGGAGCUUGGUUUCAGUCGCGUUGGUCACAGGGAGUCUUUCCUUUAUCUGUGAUUUCUGAGUGAUUCGAUGGCUGGUCAUGAUCUUUGCUCUGAGGGGCUGGGGAGGUCGCUUCCGUUUUGUAUUGACGGUGACGAUGAUUGACGUGGGUGGCAGUCAGAUUGCUUUUUUUAGUUUUUCCAUUUCAGGUUAUGGAUGGUUUCACAUUGUUUUAGGCAGUAUCCUGUGCCCUUUCGAAAUCCGAAAAGCUGUUCAGAGGGUUCUUGCUUGGUUGGCAGGCCGCCACAUCGCCAACUAUCCGGCCCAGUCUCCCAUAUCAUCUCCACUGACUCACCAUAGAAGUGGAGAAGCCGAGGAGUCCGUGCAUAUCUCUUCCUCUCCUUUCCUCUCUGCCAUGGCGAGGAGCACCCCACAACCUCCGGCUCUCUCAUUUUUCUUCUGCGUUGGAGUAAGAAGCAAUCAACAGAUGGACUUAGGGGUCCGAAAGAGGAAUCAGAAAGCCCCCGAUUGACAGGUUAUAUUUUAAUUUCUAGGUGACUUUCCUCCUCUUCUGAUGAAUUUGUUUUUCACCCCGUUCUUAAAUAGUUCUUUUUCUCUCAAAAGGGUUCAUUGAUUUCUUUCUCAAAUCUGGCAGUUGAUGAUGAGAGAAUCGGGUUGCAAAAGACACAGAUUUCACGUGGUGACCCAUGGGGCGACGGCACGCGUGGGGUGACAGACUAGAAAAAUGAAGCAUGGGGUUGCCCAUUUCCUUUACUGCCAUCCCCGCCAUAAUCCUCAAGUUCCCGAAGCUGGCAUUCAGCUUCUGUUGAAUGUUUCAUCUGGAAACCCGCACUCUUCUCCUCGAAGUUCCUCUUAGACAUCAGCAAGCAGUUCUGCAAAGGGGAAGGCAAAGAUGUCUAGCACACCAUAUCAAAAUCUCAGCCCAUUUUUCCAAAUUGGUCAAGCUUUAUCAGAAGAGGCAAGUGGGGCUGGACAUGCCAACCCAAUUUUGGGUGAGGCUAAGCAUUCUUCAUAGUGAUGCAGGGCCUGCUUUGCAAGCUUCCGGCAUUCCAUCAAAAGAUAAUGCCUCACUUCUUCAUAAUCUAGGAAAAUCACCCAUGGCUGAUAGCAUUGUUGCUGUUGAUGUUGCUGCAUCUGCAGUUGAAGUUGUUACAUCUGCUGCUGGUCCUGCAUCUUCACAAGUUAUGAUGAGUGAAGGGCCAAAUUUGUUGAGCCCAUCCCAAGAAAUGCCUUUUAGUGUUUCAAGCUCUCUUGGUGGAAAUAGUGAGAUUCCACAUGGUUCUUCCCCAUCAACCAAGCUUUUGGCAUCUCCUUUGGCAAAGAUAAUACUGGAAAAGCAGGAUAAUGCAUCACCAUAGGGUGACGCUGGUGACUCUCAAAUUCUGCUCCAUUUACAGUUGGGGAUUCAGGCUCUAGUGUCAGGACCAGCAAGCCUACCCCUGUGAAACGUCGUUUGUAUGAUGCAUAGAAUUACUCUUUCUAGCCCCAGUAGUUCUUUUCUGAGAUCAAAGGUGGGUAUGUGGAAAAUAUUAUAGUGUUGGUUAUGGUUUUUUGUGUACCAUCUGCCAUGGUCAGAUAUUUAUAUGCUGACCUGUUUGUUUUCUUAUUGUUAUCUCCUGUGCAGGUGAAUCUGGAUGUGUUUCAUGGUGUGUCGGUUGUUGCUGAAUCAAGUUUGUGAUGAACCUCGUUUACAUAUGGACUGUCGAUCAUGUGGCCAGGAUAGAUUUCCUCCACAACUUAGUGAAGUUGAUGGCUUCUGCUAGGGAAAUUUGGCUUUAUUCUGUGGAGAACACCUAUGUGAAUGGUGGUUGUCGGUUAUGUAGAUCUACUAUGGUUGUUGUUGCAGAUGGUGAUGGUUGGGAAGUCUAAGAACAAGUAUCUGAAACUAAUGCCCUGUUCACUUGCUAUUUCGUUUUCUAAUUUUCGUUGCCACCACAGAAAUUAGGAAAUAUAAAUGGAAAAACGUGUU